AUGCCAAAAAAAUCUCUUGAGCGUUAUAAUUACUUAGAAUUAUUAAAAAACAAAGGUAACUUGCAAUAUAAUAAAAAUAUUUUACAAAAAAAACAGGAAUCUAUAAUAGUAAGACAAAGGCCAUCAGUUUUACAAAAAGCUGAAGUAGAUGAUUUUUUACCAUGUAAAUACUGUUAUAAAUUUUGCAAAAAGAAAAAGCUUUACCGACAUGUAAAAAUAUGCAAGUUUAAAGACAUGUCUGAAUUUAGUACUGGAGAACCUACAAGAAAAAGAAAUAAAAUCAUUUUUCCAAGUGUAAUGCUCUUACAAACUGAAAAUGACCACAAACAAUUUGUAACUGAGGUACUUGGUACUAUGAGGUGUGACAAUGUCACAUCUGUUGCUCGAGAUGAUAGUCUCAUUUGUUCAUUUAUUAGUAGAUUACUCCAAAAUCACCGUGAACACCACUUGAAACGUUAUAUUUCACAGAGAAUUCGACAACUAUCAAAAUUUUUAAUAAUACUCCGCACUUUAGUUCCUGAUUUAAGACACCUAAAGGACUUUUUAAAAACAAAUUAUUUUGUUAAUAUUGUUCAAGCAGCAAAGAAACUAGGUCAGUAUAACGAAGACCUGAAUACUUAUACACAUCCAAGCACUGCACUAAAAAUAGGACAUACCAUAACACAAUGUGCCAACAUUUUAAAAACACAACUUAUGAUCAACAACCAUCACAACCAACACCGAGAGACGAAAUACAGGUAG